UGUAAUUUAACGGUAGUCUAUUUCGCCUUCUGCGUUCGCUUUUUGUCGAAUGUGAAAAUUACAGAAUAUUAUUCAUUUAUUUACGCUUCUGCUCCCAGAUUACUAUUCCAACGUACCAGCAGGCAUAUAAGAUUGAAAAGAAUGGAAGAGCCUGAGAAACAAGAAAUAAUGGAAUGUGAAGUUAUAGCACCUGCAGCAGGUGGAAUGGAGGUUCUAACAUUAGAUGGCGCUAUAGCAGAGUUGGUGGCAUCCACCAGCAAUAUUCAGCAGUCAUCAGUUGAAGAGUCCCAAGGUGUCAUGCAAACUGACAAUACUGGCAAAGACGUGGAUGCUGAGUUAAAAAGUAAAGAAGAACCACCAGUAGAAAUGGAUGGGACAGUUGUGCUCUCAACAGAGAUCCUGUUUAGAUGCAAACUCUGCAACUUUCAUGGCUCCUCCAAGAUGGAGAUUGCUGACCACUUCAUAUCUGACCACACAGCCAUGGAGAUGGUAGAAUCCUCAACCAAACGGGAAGAUACGGUUAAAGAGAAUGCUGUUGAGGAGGAGGAUGGUGGCGCCAAACCAGUCCGUAAAAGUAAUCGGAGUAAUGCUGGAGUCAACAGAGCUUCCAACAAAUCACCAGUUUUACCGUCACGGAGAAUAAAUCGUAAAAAAAAGAAGACCGAAGAUGAAGAUCUGGAUGUGGAUGUCUCUGAAACGAUGUACAAACAUGGAAUCAAAACAUUAGAUGAAUGGGAAGCCAACUGGAGAAAGAAAAACAUCAUAACGGAAGUGCACUGUCCAAUUGAUUGGUGCACCGGCAUGUUACCAGUAGAAGAAGUGGAAAUGCACAGUAAAUGCCAUAUUGAGAAGCAGAAAGGAUUCCAGUGUUCAGAGUGCAGUUUUAAUCAUAAGUAUUGGCGCGAUAUGCGUCGUCAUCUGUACAGUAAACAUUUCAAAGAAAAAAGGUUAUGGCGGUGUGAUCAGACAAAAUGUUUACUGGCAUUUGUGUCCCUUGGUGAACUGCGUAAGCACAUGAAACAGAAACAUGUGUUUACCAACCAGGAUGAUGUUGGUGAUGUUGAUCAAGAUGACAAUCCAGAUGAUGAUGCAAUACCAUCCAAAAAGAAACGACGUAACUAUUAUCCCCGCUUUCAGGCCUGCUCGAUGUGUAAUAUCAAGUGUAAGGCCAAAGAAGAGACAGCAUUGCAUGAAGACUGUCACAGCACUCCAGAUAAAGAUAUUUUGGUAUGCACAGAAUGUGAUGUUGUAUUUCACACUGACCAAAUCAAUGAGCUAAAAGACCAUGUGAAAGCUGAACACAAACGAAUGACUCAUGCACAUCGCUGCCCUGUAUGUCAUUUCUCAACUGAUCGCCUUUUUGAUCUCAAAAAACACAUGUGGACACAUUCAGGACAGAAAAACUUUGUAUGUGACAAAUGUGGUGCUCGAGCAUCCACUGCAUAUAAUUUGCGUGUGCAUCAUAGCAGAAUACAUGCGACUGAUGAUGAUAAGAAGAUCUCGUGUGCACUCUGUGAUUUUCGUUGUGCUCAUCCAGCUGUGCUGAAGGAUCAUCUUCGUCAGGUUCAUCAACUUCUUGCCAGUGGAAAGUGCUACCAACGGAUAACACCAAUGAAAACGUACAAGUGCUCCGUUUGUGAUUAUGUUGGUAAGAAGGAGAGCAGUUUGAGAUAUCACAUGAGAAUUCAUGCCGAGAAUAGACAGUUUAAAUGUAUGCUAUGCUCAUAUGCUAGCAAGACCAAGAACAAUCUGAUCCUACAUAUGCGGACACAUAAUGGAAUGAGCCCUCUCAAGUGCCCAGAGUGUGACUUUAGAGGUGCAACAAAUAAGAUAAUUCAGGAACACAUGAUGAGCAAACACACACGGGAAAGACCAUAUAAGUGCACUAUAUGUGGUUGGGACACAUGCUAUAGUGGCAAUAUGUGGAAGCACAUGGAUAUGCACCGCAAAAAAAUGGGUUUGAAAUUACAGGGGGAACAGCUAGUUUUGGUUAGUGGUGGGAAGGAUAAUGGAGGUCUUGGCAAGGACGGAUGCAACAAGAUCAUUGUAGCAAGAUAUGAAUCACCGAAACUCAAGUUCAGAAAAAGAACUAGCACUGCAGGUACAACCUUCUUGAUCCAGCAACUGGAUGGCACUUUUAUCCAGACAUCAAAUUCCGGUGAUGCUCUGCAAGCUGGUAAUGAAGUAGUGCAAGUAACUACUAUGGAAGCAGGGCCAUCACACAAUCAUGGAGUACAAGAGGUGGUCGAAAUGACUGGACCAUAUAACACGGUUAACAAUGUGGACAAGGCACCUGCAGAUGGGAAUGUCCCUAGUAAUCCAGCUACAUCCGAGGAAUCUACGGUAGUUUUAGUUUCUGGUGUUGACUCCUCUGGGACUCCAACUGAGAUGACAUAUGUUCCGAGCAGCACACACAGGGGUGCCAUUGAUGGAAGUACUGAGGGUAAUGAUGCAGGCAGUAUUCGUUAUGUCUCACAGAUUCUUUCCCAAAUGGCAGCACAGAUUACACAGUCAAACAGUAACCCACAAGAAAUUGGUUCAUCACCCUACUUACCAGAUGGUCAAGGCCCAACAGCUAUUACUAUUCAGUCAGCUGACCAGCUUGAUUCCCAGCAACUUGGACAGGAGGGCACUACAAUAUUAGUUCAAAGUGAAAGCCAGCAGGUUGGUGAGGGUGGAAUGGUGACCAUGCAAAUUCAAGGUGAUGGCCAACAGUCCUACAUGAUACCAGUCAAUUUCCAAGAAGGAGCUGAAGGUUCAGACCAACAGGAAGUGGCUUAUGCCACCACCGUAAGAAUUAACCAAGAUGGAACACCUGAAGAAAACACUGUUCAAGAAGGAAUUGUUACAGGUGAUAACCAGACUACAUACAUGACAGUUCUGGAACAAUCUACUGAGCCAGAACAAGUAACUAGUGACAUUGGCCUUCAUGAUUCUUCUGGUCAGGAGAUUCAGGCAACUUACAUAGUUGAAAUGGACGAAGCUGAAGCAGCCGAGUUUCAUGCUGAUGGAAUGGCAACUGUUGGUAAUACAGAAGAUGGCCAGACAGCAUACAUAUCAGUAGAGAUCGAUAACAACACAUCAAUUCAAGAAGAGAUGCACCAAGAAGAGAAAGAAAUGACUGAGCAAUUAACUGAACAAAUCACCGAAGAUGGUGACCAAUCCACAUCAAAUAAAGUUGCACUGAUCAGCAGUGGUAUAUGCAUUGAAAAUAUGGAUGAGCAGAUUGUUCUUAUGCUUGGACGACCAAUAAAAGUUGCCAAGGACACCUGUAUUACCUGUGGUACAAAGCAAUGGAAAUGUUUCAAUUCCAUUUACUCCAACAGGAGCUUAAAGAAAGGAAUUCCAAAGUUACUGCAACUAUAUUGUCACAUUAAUGUCACCAGAGGAGGAAUGUGCAACCUCUGUGAACGUUUGCUGCUGAAAGUAAAUCGUAAGAUUGAACAGUUUCGUAGUAGUUGCCACGAAACGCUCAUCAGGAACAGGCUUGUGACUAAAGAGAGACUGGAAAGUUCUGGGGUUCAACUGGAGACACCCAGAAAAGACUCUACUGCCAUUUCCUGGCCUGGGAAAGAAAAUCUGUUUGUUGCUCUUGCUGUUUGCAGUAACCUACCAUCUGUUCUGCAGCACACACUCACAACUGAGAAUUUAAAGUCUGAUAAAGUCUAUACUGAUAAUGGACUGCCUUCUAAGUGCAAAGACCAUAGCUAUUUCAAGGAUUCUCCUCGAGUUUGUAUUAAAGCAGAGUGCUUCUCAAAACCAGCACUCGUCCCACUGACCAACAAGAACCAGAGAACAGUUACUCCACUGGCGCGUCUAGCUGCUAUCAAAAUAGGAGAGGUGAUGGGUACUGGAUUACUGGGCUCGGCCAGACUUUGUAGACAUGCUGAUCAUGUAAACGAGGGAGCUAAUUACAUCGAAUCUGGUAGAAACAGGGUAGAAAGGAAAGAAACAGACACCAAAAUCAUUGAGGCUGAAAACAGUCUUGUUGUAUCGCAGAGACAUAAGGAGUUUGAACAUCCAGUCCAUGAUGCUAUAAAAGAAACAGGCACCAAAAUCAUUGAGGCUGAAAACAGUCAUGUUGGAUCACAGCUCCAUAAGGAGGUUGGACAUCCAGUCCAUAAUGCUAUAAAAGAAAAUAUUUUAAGAUGCACAACGGUACAGAAGAUUCUCUCAGAGGCAGACUGGUUACAUAAAGACAGCAGUCACCAUCAAGGACUUGAUAAAGGAAGUCAUUGUAUAAAAUCUAGCAAACGUUGUCCUCAAGUUAACCAAUUAACCAACAAUCAUCCAAAGCAGAAAAGACUAAAAUCCUUAAGCAAUAAUUCACAGUUUGCUACAAGUUGUGCGCCUCCUACAGAAACCAAAGAUGUUAUUCACUGGGAAUCAGAGUGGAAGAAAAAGAACACAGAGAGUGUUUAUUUUAUCUGUCCAAUUAGAAACUGUUCAGAAAUGCUGCUUGAAUCGGAGCGGACAAUGCACAGCAAUACCCACCGUGAUAACGUUGAGGGUUUUUUCUGUCCGCAAUGCGAUUUCCAGAACGAUAAAUGGUCAACAAUGCGGGAACAUUUAUUAGGCAAACAUUUUGUGGUGAAGCAGUUAUUCAGCUGUGAUCAGGAAAGUUGUGACCAAGCUUUUAACUCGUUUAUAAACCUGCGUUUCCAUAUGCUACAAUUUCACAAUUUUAAGAGUUCUCUAUGUUCAAAAUCAAACCCCAAGAAAGUCUUGGAACCAGUGCCAGAACAAGAAGAAUUGUUACCCUUUGACCUUUGUUCUGUCUGUGGUAUAGCAUGCAAGUUAGAAGAUCUUUUAGCACAUGAAUUAAACCACAGAAUCCCUGGAAAUAUAUUGUUACAGUGCAGUGCGUGUAAAUUAAAUUUUUCAGCUGACCAAAUUCGAGAUCAUGUUCUAGCGAUGCACAGGAAACUGACAUAUUUGUAUCAAUGCGAUACCUGUGAAUUUUCGUCACAGACGUCGGUGGGUCUUAAACGUCACGUCGGUAUAAAGCAUGCCAGUUCAGUCGUGUUCAUUUGUGACAAAUGCGGGAAGGGCUUUAAGACAGCAGCAGCGUUAAAAGUUCAUCACAAACGGGUACAUGUAACGGAGGAUGAGAAAACCGUUCUUUGUUCCACAUGUGGAUACCUCUGCGCACAUGAGACCCUGUUGAAGGAACAUGUCCGCAAGGUCCAUCGAAAGCCGUCGUGGCGGCGCUUUAAAUGCCCGCUCUGCGAGCAUUUCAGUCUGAGGGAGAGUAGUCUGGAACGCCAUAUGCAGAUGUACCACACCGAAACAGAAGAACGUCAGUUCAAGUGUGCAAUAUGUCCAUAUGCCAGCAAAACCAAAGCCAACCUAGUUAGACAUCAACACACACACAAGGAAUUUAGUCCAUUCCGUUGCCCACAUUGUGAUUUCACAGGUGACAAGAAACAUAUCAUUCAGGAUCAUAUAUUUGCCAAGCAUACCAAAGAAAUGCCGUACAGCUGCGCAAUUUGUGGAAGUGCCUUCAGUUACCGUAGUGUUCUAGCAUCGCACAUGGCACGUCAUCGAGCCACUGAUGAUAGACCUGUAGAAAAAAUUGUUAGCGAUGACCAACAGGAGCGACUGUACUUCCAACUCUGAUGCUUGAUUUCAUUGAUUUGGUUUGAUUUGAUUAGAUUACCGGGUUGGUGUCUGGCGGGAGAUAAUUUUACACGAUAGUUUUAGUUUAAGCAAAGAGUCUAGAACUGCAAGAGGUUCGACUCUCAGGGUUUCGUUGGAAUGUAGUCUACCAUGAAAUAGAAGGCGUUUUUCAAAAGAACCCAAAAGACGUUCGUAAAUAGGGCGCCCCUCAUCUCUUGGUAGUACAGUACUUUUUUUAACGUUUCAUUGGGUGCAUACAGAAUCAGGGCAGUCGGACCUCUUUCAAUUUUAUACUCAUUUGUUGAUUUGUAAAGCACAUGGAGUGACCUCAGAUCCAUUAUGCUCUAAAUGAGUUUUAUUAUUAUUAUUAUUAUUAUUAUUAUUAUUAUUAUUAUUAUUAUUAUUAUUAUUAUUAUUAUUAUUUAUUGUUG